AAAUUGCCAUCCUGACGUAAUCCGAUUUCCAAAUUCCGGCUGUUUGCUGUAGAAAGCCCCUGAGAUCACACUUUCAAACUGGUACUGGUCACCAUGCACGUCAAACUUGAGUGCCACCUACAACGAGACACCGCGAGGAAGGCGCCAGAUGAAAUGUGUAGUGCCCCAUCAUAAUUCAGACAGUCAGAGUUUCUCAGGUAAUUCUCGUUCGUUACUCCAGUGGUGCUUCUGGAGGAGUAAUCCGCUUUGGAAUUUAGACGCCCAGUGGUGGUCCCAUGUUGGCCCAGCAGACAACACUCAUCUUGCCUGGCUCUAUAAAAGUUCGACGUGCGACCUUAUUGAAUUCAUCGUUCUGCACAUGGCUACUAUGCAUUUUUCAGCUUUGUUAUCAUUCACUCGCUGCUUCAUACCCAAACCAGGGGAUCAAGACUACAACACCUCGAAAGACCGAGCACCGAAAGCCCUUGGAGCCUUGCCACGAUGUCGGCCUUGGAAAUACCGACACUUGACCAAGUCCACCAUGGCUACCACUACGACUGCCACUACACUCAACCAUACCCCGAUACUAGGUGUCCCGAUGUGAACUAUUUCGGUACCUGGGUUCCAACAGACCCACAAGUAAAGACCGGGGAGAUCUGUGGCAGAGGCAAUCAGGAUGAAAUGGCACACACUAGGAUGGUACUUGCCGCUUCUCUGCGGCUUCUCUUCAAAAACGAAAACCUGGAUGAUGAGGCUCGUCGACGCAAGGAGGAAAAAUCAAAGAUUUGGGAUAAAAAAGCACUCGAAUUUCGUCUCAGCCCAGAGUUUCAGAGGAAUCUUCAAUAUAUGCGGGAUCGGAGGGCGAUGACAGCCCGUAUGGACACAGCACCAUGCGAUGGUGCUUUACAUACUAUUGGAGCCUGGCCAUUGUGGAAUAUGCCGAUGGACAAUGCUGGAAUCUUUAAUGGGGGGAUCAGAAGCAGGCCACAUCCCAAUGCCUUCAUGUUCAACAACUUAAGCGCCGGCGAGAAAGAUCGCAAAUUAUCUGUUCUCACUGAAACUGGGACGCUGGAUGCGCUCGUCGACACUGGUUCGAGUACUUCCUGUGCCACUCUCGAGGUACUACGUGAUCACUUUCCAUCGGCGUACCUAGUUCAAUGUAACGAAGAAAUCAUCGAAUCGCUCCCGUUCCACGCACCGUCACUUUCGGCGAAGUGGCGUGCGAGAAUUCGAGUCAAGAUUGUUGAUUACCAUGGCAAAGGCUGGGAUUUCACUCUCGACGUUUUGGUUUACGAAGAUCUCCCCGCCGCGCUCCUUUUUGGCAGUCAUUUUCUCAGAUCCAGCCAGCUGCAUGUCAGAUAGGGAGGUAACGGGGGUAAGGACAGUAUUGAGAUUGCCGACUCGGGGCUUUACGUCAAGGCUCUCAGCCCAAUACUCACGGUCCGAAGAAGGCAUCCUGCAU